UCCUUGCGCCUCCAGGUGUGGCUCUGCGGGGGCAGCAUGGAGGUCCUGCCUUGCUCGCGGGUGGCCCACAUCGAGCGGAAGAAGAAGCCGUACAACAGCAACAUUGGCUUCUACACCAAGAGGAACGCUCUCCGGGUGGCUGAGGUCUGGAUGGAUGAUUACAAGUCUCACGUGUACAUAGCAUGGAAUCUGCCCCUGGAGAAUCCAGGAAUUGACAUAGGUGAUGUCUCUGAAAGAAGAGCCUUAAGGAAAAGUUUAAAGUGUAAGAAUUUCCAGUGGUAUCUGGACCACGUUUACCCAGAAAUGAGAAGAUACAAUAACACCAUUGCAUAUGGGGAGCUUCGCAACAACAAGGCGAAAGAUGUCUGCUUGGACCAAGGACCGCUAGAGAACCACACAGCAAUCUUGUACCCAUGCCACGGCUGGGGACCCCAGCUCGCCCGAUACACCAAGGAAGGCUUUCUGCACUUGGGAGCCCUGGGGACCACGACACUGCUCCCUGACACCCGUUGCCUGGUGGACAACUCCAAGAGUCGGUUGCCCCAGCUACUUGACUGUGACAAGGUCAAAAGCAGCCUGUACAAGCGCUGGAACUUCAUCCAGAAUGGAGCCAUCAUGAAUAAAGGUACGGGGCGCUGCCUGGAGGUGGAGAACCGUGGCCUGGCUGGCAUUGACCUCAUCCUCCGCAGCUGCACGGGACAGAGGUGGAUGAUUAAGAACUCCAUCAAGUAGUUGCGGGGGAGCUGGGGACCCCAGAGCCUGGCCCCCGGGACAGGGUCUGUCUGUCCUCUGGACCAGCCACGUUGGUGGAGAGACAGCCGGGAGCCAGCAGGUGUUCGUGGGCCUCUGAGGCCUCUGCAGGCCAGCACGGGGGCCCCAGAUGGAGACUUUGUGUCCACCUCAGGCACUCAGCUGCCAUGAGGCUUGUGCACCCUGGAAAAGCAUCCCCAACCCUUCUCUGGGAACUCAGGAGCCAUGUCAUCUGCAGCCCGGAUGUGGACCUGGUACCAAGGAGUAAAACAUUCACAUCUGCUUGUCGUUGUCCCACUACCGUCAGGACCGGGACUGGCCGGGGCCUCUCCUCUGUCAUCUCUACAGCAGCUUCUGAGUUCCACCCCAGCCCUCAACAAUGUGUGUGUGUUUGGUGGGGGGAGGCUCAAUCACAUCCUAGCUCCCCCUCUUCAGAGGAGGCAGCAAGGCCCUGAGACUCAGUUUCCCCUGAGGUUGCUUCUGCCCAGGUGUCCAUUCACAACUCAAGGCAGCCUCCACCCCAAAUCUUUUCAUCAGGUGACUGGGGGUUACAGCUCUGGACCUUUCUGGACCCUCCCUGAAAUGACCUGGAAGGAGCUGACACUUCCAUGGUCGCCUGAGCACACAGGAUGGUCGGAGCCCUGCCUCACAGAGGCUGCUGCAGGGGAAACAGCAAGGGGCCUCCAUGUGGAGCUUAAGGACUGGAGCCAGCACAGCAGAGGGGCCAGGACCCUUGAGGAUGCUCUGUGCUCAUCUCAUUUCAGCCCAUACUUGCUGGCUGACAGGGGAGAAGGCAGUCGAUUCCUCUCUGAAGAGUAAUAAUUUUUUUCGAUUGCCCUCUGGUUAGGGUGCACUUAUGAAUCAGAGUAAUAUAUGGACUUGUGUGCAUGCAUAUGAGUGUGUGUGCCCGUGUGGUGUGUGUGCUAGGGUGUGUGCAGCUGCAUGUGCGUGCGUGCAUGUGUGACCCCAUGUGGCAUGUGUGCCUGGGUGUGUGGUAGAGCAGACAUAAUAGUGUGGCCCUGGGCUUGCCGCUUCACAGCUCACCUGGAUCAGGACGAGGCUGCCGAGAAGCCUGGGUGGUGAGCGGCGGGGAUGCAGUGGCCAGGCUUCACUGGCCAGGAGAUUGUGGCUCGGCCUUGUCCCAUGUGGUCCCCAAAAUGGAAGGCUGUCCCUUCUGCCAUCUCUCAUCUUUCUCCCCCCCCUCCAUGCUGUCCCCACAGGCCAAUCCCUGCCCAGAAUCAAACCCUGUAGUUGCCCAGUUUGGGGCUCACCAUCUCAUUGGGUGGCAUCUUGUUGGUGACCACCACAGCCCCAUCUCCCACCUUGUGAAAUAAAUACAUGUGCGCACUUCCCAAA